UGGCGGCUGAAGGCUGAAAUUGUGUAUCAUCGACAUUUUUCGCGUCAAAACGCCGAAUUCGUGGCACGCAGGAAGCUUAAAAUGAUUUGAACCACAUCGUAAGGACCUAGGGUUAAAGAGAGACUGAAAAAUCGCGAUGCCAGACCCCAAUUUGGAGAGAACUUUGCCGGGUUUUGAGGGGGCGGUCGCACACCCUCUCCCUCCUGGCCCUGAUCCUUCGAGCGAUCCUGAUGACGAAAAGUCUGGGUUUUUCGAAGAGAAGUUGUUGAAAUUCGCCCUGGAGAAGAUCCAGAGUGAAGGUAGGGGGAGUGACCCAGGUGUGCACAAACAGGAGGAUGAAGAUGAGUAUGCAGAAGAGUCAGCAGACUCUGUAGCCCCGCUGGAUGCCAUCCCCCAGGACUGGCCACACGGGUUUGUGAAGCCGUUCCGCAGGAGAAGCUGUGCCCUGACCAAUGCCGUGUCUCCCUGCAUCAACAAGGCCACCUCACAUCUGCACCAGCUGCAGGACAAGAUUGAGCGCUGGUUCCAGGAGAAGACUAUAGAGAUCAUGAGUGAGUACGGGGAGUCGGCGGCAGGACGGAUCACAGUGGAACCUCCGCCCAUCGCUGGCAUUCUGUCCUCCGGGUUGGAAGCCUCUCCGCAGGCUAAAAGUAGCACAACCCAGACAAAAAAGCAGCUUCGGUUCGCCGCCCAUUCUGCCUCGUCCAGUUCCUCCUCCAUCGGCGCGCUGGAGAGGAGGCUGCUGGGAGCAUCCAGCUCCAACGAGACCUCCACUGUCGGGACGCUGGAGGUCAGGGGUUACGGCGCGUCCAUGGAGGACGAAGAAGAGGAGGAGCCUGAGGUUUUGGAGGCGGUGCCGGAGCUGCCAUAUUUGGGCGCGGAGGAGGUGAUUGACGAGGUGAUGGCCCUGCUGGGCCGGCUGGAGGCAGACCGGCUGGACACGGAGAGUAAACUGGUGGAGGAGAAACAGAAGGGCAAGAGGCUGCAGGUGAAGAUAGACAUGCUGUCUCACAGGAGGAUGGUGGAACUCCCGCUGUCUGUUCAGAGAGAGCACGAGGCCUGUGCCAUGGACAUCAGUGAGCUCCACUGGCAUGUGAACUACAAGACCAGGCAGAACCAGAGGAACCUGACCAAGGCUGAGGUGGCAGAACGACUCAACAUCAACGUGAAGGAGGACAUCGGCUUCACCCAGAAACACUGCCCGCUGGUAGAAGAGAAGCUUGACCUUGAGAUGGACUCCAUGGCGCGGAUCCGUCAGGCACAGCACGAGACGGACGGAGAGCUGGAGCAGACGCUCGGACGGCUCCGCAAGACGGAGGAGAAGUUCCAGGAGGCGCUGGACAAGGCCAACGUGGAGAGGCAGGCCAUCGAGAAGGGGCUGAACCAAGUCAGGCAACAGCUCAAGCAGCUGCUGGCUGAGUUGAACAGAGCACAGGCCAUGAACACGGCGUACACGCAGAAGGUGUUUGACACCAGGAAGAAGAUCGAGGACAGCCAGAACACCUUCCAGCUGCUGACUGAGCAACUGGAGAACUCUCACGCACAGGAGGCCAUGCAGGGCAUCAAGGUGAAAGACUUCCAGAAGAAGAUCCAGGAGCAGGAGUAUGAACACAGCAGGCUGUAUGAGAUCUGUCACAAGUGCAGGACCGAGAGGACUAAGAUGCAAGAAGAGUUUGAGGAGGAGAACACAAACCUGGACAUCACCGUGGAGCAGAAGCUGCAGUACUGUCGGGACGUGCAGGUCAGGAACAGGGACGCCAAGGUCGACAUAGAGGAGAUGAUGGACAAACUUAACGAAUGUGAGCGUCAGAAGGUUCUUGACGAGAAGUCGACCGGUCGGAUCCACAAGGAGAUGGAGAAGAUGAAGGAGCAGAUGUCUGUGAUCCAGGAGGAGUUUGAGAGCGUGCAGGCCAUCAACAACGCCAUCAAGGACACCGUCGCUAAGGAGCAGGAGAAGGCCAGGAGCAUAGAGGACCAGCUCAAGACCACAGCCGAUGCCCUGAAGAAGCAGGUUAAGGAGGAGAUGCACACCAGCACGAUCCUGAAGGCGCGCAUCACGUCUGACACCUCCGACCACGAGCGGCUGCAGCUGGAGGCCAAGAAGAAGCAGGACAAGGUGACGAAGAAGGUGGACGAGAUCGAGAACGCAGUUUCCAUCGUGGAGGAGGACGUCGUCAAGAGGAGGAAAACUCACGCGGAGACGAGGAAGGUGCGUGUGGACCUGGAGGCCCAACUUGCAGAGGUCACACAACGGCACCAGAAACUGUACCAGGAAGUGUCCAAGAGGAAGGGAGAACUGCAGCCAGUGGAGAAGAAACUAAAGGUAGGAUGGCUUAAAGUUAAUGUCUCCAAACUCUGA